AUGGCGGCCCUGGAGCGUGGCCGGGACGGUCAUACCGAUAAGGCAACGAAUGAUACCCUGGAGGCAGCCAUUGCAAGCUUAUGGGACAAGAUAAACACGCAGAAGGAUUAUGUACUCGAUCGCGACGAGUUUGCCCUAUUCAACUACUUCAUAUAUCGGUACAAGGGCAACAACGUCGCACAACGGACCGUCGCACGGUUCUGGGAUCAUUAUAAGGGCGACCCAAACGCGGCAGAGAGCAAGACAUAA